UGUAACGCGGGAGUUAGAACCUACGUCUUGUUAUCUUGUUGUUAAAGUGUUAAAUGGAUAUGGGGGCAGUUGCACUGGUGACUGCAAUUCUGGCAAUGAGUGUUUGCACUACUGCUUUUAAACCUGUUAAUUUUAAGCCGUUAACAUUUGCACAACACCUGAACAAGUUUUUUGGUGUGACCAUUCGGAAGCCAAACCAGAAUAGCGGAGAACCGACAGGAAAGUACACAGAAGCCUCUGGAACUGUUGAUGGGGUUGACGUUGUCCUGUCUGGUCCAGAGACAGGGUCCAAACAGUCAACGACACUGCCAUCAGCGGAUCAAGUCAACAUCGACAUCCAAGAAACCCUGACACCGCCUACUCCACCACACCAGCUUCCGGCUUUCAACAAAACUUUGUUUAAGUCGACUUCUUCAGAUGCGGGAGGCAACUCUCCCAAACUGUUACUUCCUGGCACUCUAGUGCCGCAGCCAGGAUCCAAAACGUCGACGCCAACACCAUCGUUGAAUCAAGUCAACAUCGACAUCCAAGAAACCCUGACACCGCCUACUCCACGACACCAGCUUCCAGCUUCUAACAAGACCGUUUUGACAUCGUCAACUUCAGAUGCAGAAAACAUUGUUUCAAAUGUUUUACUCCAUGAAACAACAGUACCAACGACCGCUAGACAAACAAAAAACAUUACAAUGUCAAAGAAGAGUGAUAUUCGAAAAAAAAAUCAAUUGCUAUUUGUGACAUUGGUCAAACAGAUCGCUGGCCUUGAAACGAAAAGCAGAGGGUUUGGCAUAAUACCCCGCGAGGCACAGAUAGAGAGUGACGGUGAGGGUAUACCAGUCUCAUUUUCCAAACUGGCUGGACGAGUGUUGGCACUGUCGGAGGCAUUGUUAGCUUAUGUGAAGAACGAAUCUUACUCAGAGGGGGCUGAAGCACGAUUCUCAGACCGACAGUAUGCUGGAACUCUGGAAACACGUCGUAUAACUAAACCGUCUGGCAUGGCAUUCAGCAACAUUCACAAGGACGUCAUGUACGUCAUUAACGACGGCAGCUCAGAAGCAGGUCCCGUGAUCUUGGCCCUCAACAAAACCGGCGAAUUACUUAAUUACUUUAAACUUAAAGGUGCCUCGAACAAUGACUGGGCUGCCCUACAGAUAGCCCCAUGUUCCUCGACAACUUCUCGGAGCUGUAUAUAUAUCGGUGACAUUGACGACCCAGAUGGACCCAAAGGUACAUCGAACAUCAUCUACAUAUGCCAGGAACCCGAAGACCUCAUGGGCGGCCAUCAGCUUCACAUUGAAGACAGGAUCAGGAUCAAGAACAUAGAUGAAUCUAGUAUGGUGAUGAUCGUCUCGCCAAGAGCAGAUAUAUACCUCAUACCACAGCGGAAACAUGAAUCAACUGUUUACAAGAUCAGAAAGGGAAAAAUCACAGCAGUCUGCCAGUUCAAGUUUGAGUCCAAAUGGAGUGGGCCGGUUGACGGGGACAUUUCAGCCGAUGGCGACAUGAUGCUGAUAAAGACAUACGACUUCGUGUACUACUUCUACAUCCCCGAAAGAGACUACCCUGAAGCCCUCUGUUACCACACUACACGCGCGCAGCUGAAGUACACCUGGGAACUUUACGGGGAAGUGGUAACCUUUAGCCCUGAUGCUAUGUCAUAUUACACGUGUAACCAACAGUUGUACUCCCCGUUGUGGAGGUACGACAGACUCAAGAUAAAGGAGGUGGACUAUUGAA